AGCCGGGACCAGAGGAGGGAAGGAAGGAAGGAAGAAAGGAAGGAAAGAAGGAAGGAGGGAAGGAAGGAAGGAAGGAAGAGAAGAGAAGACACAAGAGGCGCCGCGAGAAGAGUGGAGAAGAGGGAAGGAAGGCAGGCGCAGAGGAGGAAGCGCAGGCAGGCGGAGAGGACGGCGCUCCUGCGGCAGCAUCCAGAGGCCGGAGUGGGGACCCGCGCUACCUCCCGCCGCUCCUCGGAUGGUGACGGGGCCUCGCCGCGGCUGCAGCCCCCCCGCGCCCCGGCUCCGCAGGCCCGCAGCGCCGGAGCCCCGCAGGAAUCAUGCCCAGGUCCUUCCUGGUCAAGAAGGUCAAACUUGACACGUUCUCCUCGGCAGACCUCGAGAGCUCCUACGGGCGCGCCCGCGGCGACCUCGGCGUGCGACUGCACGAGAAAGGAUACCUCAGCGACUACGCGGGGCCCGCCUCCGUCUACGAUGGCGACACCGAGGCGGCCUUGCUUAAAGGGCCGUCCCCGGAGCCCAUGUACGCGGCGGCGGUGCGCGGGGAGCUGGGCCCGGCGGCCGUGGGCUCGGCGCCGCCGCCCACCCCGCGCCCGGAGCUGGCCACCGCGGCGGGCGGCUACAUCAACGGUGACGCGGCCGUUAGCGAGGGCUACGCGGCCGACGCCUUCUUCAUCACCGACGGGCGCUCGCGCCGCAAGGCCACCAACACCAACGCUGCCGCCGCCCCGUCCACGGCCUCGGCCCCCGACGGCGACGGCGGAGGCGGGGCUGGGGCGGGCGCGCGCGCCGUGGGGUCCGGCGGCCGGGGCAGCACGCGCGCAGGGGCGGGUGCCGAGGCCCGCGCGGGGCCCGGGGCCGGCAGCGCAGGGGGCCGGCACGCCUGCGGCGAGUGCGGGAAAACGUACGCCACGUCGUCGAACCUGAGCCGUCACAAGCAGACGCAUCGCAGCCUGGACAGUCAGCUGGCGCGGCGCUGCCCGACGUGCGGCAAGGUGUACGUGUCCAUGCCGGCCAUGGCCAUGCACCUGCUCACGCACGACCUGCGCCACAAGUGCGGCGUGUGCGGCAAGGCCUUCUCCAGGCCCUGGCUGCUGCAGGGCCACAUGCGCUCCCACACCGGCGAGAAGCCCUUCGGCUGCGCGCACUGCGGCAAGGCCUUCGCUGACCGCUCCAACCUGCGCGCGCACAUGCAGACGCAUUCGGCCUUCAAGCACUUCCAGUGCAAGCGCUGCAAGAAGAGCUUCGCGCUCAAGUCCUAUCUCAACAAGCACUACGAGUCGGCCUGCUUCAAGGGCGGCGCCGGCGGCGGCGGCGGCGGCGGCCCCGCGGCCCCAGCGCCGGCCGCGUCGCAGCUCAGCCCCGUGCAGGCUUAG